AUGGUGAAAAUAGAAGAGUAUUGGAAUGGUGAUAUCAUUCACUUUGUCGAUGAUCUCUAUUUCUCAGCCCUUUAUGACACUGAAGAAAUAUUUCCAAUCUCUGAUGAGAAGUAUGCACUCGAGUUACACUUGCAAGAGGCUUUAAUGUCAUCCGCAAUCUCCUCUAGAACUGGGUCUGGAUCCAUACAUCAUAUGGAGACAUAUAGUCGUGUCAACUCAAUGACAACUCGUAAAGGAAAAGAGAAACAAAUCGGCGAGUCGUCCAACUCUCAAGCUGAUAAUGGCAGUUUAUGCCUCAUUUGCAUGGAUGUCAAUCCAGUUGAGGAGAUGUUUAGAAGAAACACUUGCUCCCAUUUGUUCUGCAAAGAUUGCGUUGGCAAAUAUUUAGCCGCCAAAAUCCAGGAAAACAUGGCAAUGGUUAAAUGCCCUGAUAUGGACUGCAAUGCCGCUUUGGAGCCUCAGUUUUGUCGUUCGAUUGUUCCCGGACAAGUGUUUGAUCGAUGGGAAAAUGCUCUUUGUGAAUCGAUGGUUAUGGCGUCCCAGAAAUUUUAUUGCCCUUUCAAGGAUUGCUCUGCCAUGUUGGUGGAUGAUGGAGGGUGCAAUGUGGUGGAAUCGGAGUGUCCGGUUUGUCAUAGGCUGUUCUGUGCGCAGUGCAAGGUCCCGUGGCACGCCGGAAUUUCGUGUGGUGAGUUUCGAAAUCUGGGUAAAGACGAAAGAUUGGGGGAUGAUAUUAAGGUAAUGGAGUUGGCUAAGAACAAGAAGUGGAGAAGAUGUCCGAGUUGCAAGAUUUAUGUGGAAAAGGUUGAUGGCUGUUUGCACAUUUCAUGCAGAUGCGGAUAUCACUUUUGCUAUGGUUGUGGUUUGCGUUGGAAUCAAUCUCAUACCUGCAAUCCUUCUUGA